GCUUUCACAUCUCCCUCGCCAAUUAUGUUUUCCUCAAUCAAAAGUGCGCACAUGAACUGCCUUUUGCGCGCUGGAAGCGUUGCCUUAACUUUGUACACUACCUGUGCUACCUCCUCUUCGAAUGCGCCUUUCGGAAACGUUACCUUGCAUGCUCUGAUAGAUUCCUUGGAAUAUGCCCUACUUCCAUAUACUUUCUAUUUCGGCCCUCUCAUUACCUACGAAGACUGGAUAACCUACCGCUCGGGGAAAAUUACUGUAAGUCCACUCCAAUUCAUCCACUUAUUACCCCCUUUUCUGUGUCUACGGCGUACUUAUAUUCGGCAACUUCUCACCCAAUUUGCCUUAUUGUUCUUCUCAUGCUGA